AUCAACUAAAGACACGAGAAGACAAACUUUCGAAAACCAUCCCAGAUCCGUUUUCCAGCGUCAUGUUUGACCCUAAUCACCUGACUUACAAUGAUGUAACAAUUUAUCUAUCAUGAUGUAAUGUUACUAAUUUUACCAGAAGCUGUGACAGUCACAUGAAUCUGAAGACUUACAUAUUGCAUAAUGAGUGUCUAGGAACAGCUACAGUGUGGGCAAUACAAUUGUUAUUUGAAUUUUGAAAGGGGCAUUAUUCUUCUAUUUCUUCUGUUCCACUGGAUUUUGCCUUGUAUAUCUCCGGAACGUUAGACGUUGUUUAUUUCACUAGAUCAUUGUUUUUUUCCCUGGUGAUUGUUUGUGUUCAACCAUGAGGAAGCUCAGGCAGCUGGGCCUGUUGAUGUGGAAGAAUUUCAUGUUACAAAGGAGACGACCAAUUGGAACUCUCGUCCAAAUUGGGUUGCCUUUUUUCAUGUCCCUAAUAUACCUUGCAUUGAGACUGUAUCUUAUCGAUGCUACACACUAUGACGCUGUCACAUGGCCCGAAUAUAACAUAUCCAGCCCUCCCCCAAACCUUAAAAGAUCAUUCAAGAUUGCCUAUUCUACUAACAAUGGCUCAGACUUAUCCAAGAACUUUACAGAUGAUCUCAAAUACUAUCUAAAUGAAAAUGCAUACCAUAGAUAUAAUCAAAAUAUAAGUAUUCAUUUCUUCCAAUCUGAAAGUUUAAUGGUAAAUGAAAUCGCCGACGCUUCAGGAGGAUUCAUCGGUGGUAUAUAUUUUUCGACGCUGCCCGAUGAUCAAAACAAUAUAUUUGAUUACACCCUCAGAUUCACGAUUUCUGAUGAUAGUAAUAAUCCCCUUGCAAAGAAUGGACAUGAAUGGCUGACAAAGUAUGUUUUCCCAAAGUUUCAGCUCCCACAACCACGAAACAAAGACAAAUCUGUGGAUGAAAAGCCGAGCUAUUAUGAAGCAGGCUUCUUGCUCACGCAAUAUGCUGUCGAUCGAGCAAUUAUAAAACAAUUUGGUCCGAUACCAGCAACAGUUCUUAUGCAGAAGUUUCCAUUUCCAAGCUAUGUUAAAGACGCAUUCAUUCUGAUCAUUCAACAGUUCAUGCCAAACUUUUUUGUCAUUGCUUUCAUUUAUACAGCACUUGUCAUUGUACGAAGCAUUGUUUAUGAGAAAGAAAAGCGACUGAAAGAAACAUUGAAGAUGAUUGGUGUGGACAACUGGUUGCAUUGGGUGGCAUGGUACAUUCAGAGUUUGAUUAUUUGCCUGAUCUGCAUCAUCAUCAUGACCUUAAUGUUCACCAUCAAGUUCAAUGAUCAUGGCAAAGUUAUCAACCAGUCUUCUCCGACCGUGUUUUUCGUCUUCCUUCUUCUGUACAUACACUCUGGAAUAAUGUUCUGUUUCUUUUUGAGUGUGUUUUUCUCCAAAGCUAGCACAGCUGCCGCUGGUGGCGGUAUCUUAUGGUACCUCACCUUCAUACCAUUUUUCUUCAUCGCCCAAAGUUAUGAUGAGAUGUCAUUGUCACUCAAGGCUGCUACCUGCUUGAUCCCAAAUCUUGGCAUGGCUCUUGGUUCAAUUGUGAUUGGAAAAUUUGAAGGGACAGGAAUUGGUGUUCACUGGGACAAUCUGUCGAAAGGUGCAUCUGUUGACGAUGAUUUCUCCUUGGGUAUUGUAUUUAUAAUGAUGAUAAUCAACAGUAUAAUCUAUGGUAUACUUACAUGGUACAUUGAGAAUGUAUUCCCAGGCGAGUUUGGUACUCCAAAGCCAUGCUAUUUUCCUUUCACGAAAAGCUAUUGGUGUGGAAGUUUUAAGAAGGUGUCAGACUCAGAUCAGGAGACACUGCCUUUGCUAGGGAAUCGGCAUGACAAACCAUCAGAAAAAUUUGAGAAGGAUCCAGAGGGACUUGGUGUUGGGAUUGACAUAAAAGAUUUGGUCAAAAUAUACGAUGGUGAAACAGGAAAGAAAGUCGCUGUGAAUGAAGUCUCCCUGAAGAUGUACGAGGGUCAGAUAACGGUGUUGCUCGGUCACAAUGGCGCUGGUAAAACCAGCUUGAUGUCCGUUCUGACCGGGUUUUACUCGCCCAGUGGUGGAACAGCGACUGUGAACGGAUAUGACAUACGAACGAGUAUGGAUGGUGUUCGAUCUAGCCUGGGUUUGUGUCCGCAACACGACGUCUUGUAUGAUACCCUCACGGUCAAGGAGCAUCUGUGGUUCUUUGGAAGAUUGAAAGGGAUGACGAGAGCCGAAUCUGCGGGAGAAAUCGAAAAAAUGUUAGAUUCGAUCAAACUCGCUGAUAAAUGUACAUCUCAGACGCGAUAUCUGUCUGGUGGAAUGAAACGAAAAUUAUCAUUGGGAUUAGCCUUGAUUGGGAAAGCAAAAGUUUUAAUGUUGGACGAGCCGACUUCAGGAAUGGAUCCAUCUGCUCGUAGGUUCACCUGGGAUCUCUUGCAAAAUUACCGAAGCGGUCGAACAAUUCUGCUGACGACUCAUUUUAUGGACGAAGCUGAUGUUCUUGGUGAUCGUAUCGCUAUCAUGGCGGAUGGAAAAAUUCAAUGUUGUGGUAGUUCCUUGUUCCUGAAGAACCAUUACGGUGUUGGUUACCAUAUUGUGAUGGUCAAACAACCCGAUUGUAAGGUUAGGAAAGUGACAGAGCUGGUGAGACAGUUUGUUCCACAUGCCAAGCUGGAGAGCAAUGCAGGAGCUGAGUUAUCGUACAUUUUGCCACGACAAUCCUCGCAGAAUUUCUCCACCCUGUUUGCAAAACUUGAGGACAAACAUGAAGAGCUCGGAAUCGCCAGUUACGGGGCUUCAAUGACGACCAUGGAAGAAGUGUUUAUGAAAGUUGGUAUUGAGAGUGACGAGACCUUAGAUGAUAAAUUGAAGGCAACAUAUGGUGGGAAUGCCGAAGAUAUCACUGCCUCCGUCAGUUCAAUAGGUACAGAAGAAACACCAAAUGGCGUUAACAACCGCCUAAACGCCAUUGGCAAACCAUCAGCAUUCGUUCUGAACACUGGCAUGCUUUUGUAUCUACAACGCUGGAUCGCAAUGUUCAAGAAAAGAUACCUUCAUUCCCGAAGGCAUAAAAUUGCUAUCAUUUCUCAAUUAUUAAUGCCUCUUGUCUUCACGCUGUUUGCUUUGAUCGCCGCAGAAACAAUUCCUAAACCAGAAGACUCUACCGCCAUGUUUGAUUCCAACUAUGCACCUUUUGGAACUGUUGGAAGCUUCUCAAGCGUUUCCAGUUCUUUAGCCAAGUCGUAUACAAAGUCCGCCAGUUCUAAUACACGUUACCAAAACAUCACCCACAAAGCUGGAUAUAAAGGAAACAUGACGAAAUAUUUGAUUCAUAAAGCAAGUGGUGAAAAGCUUGGAUCCUUCAACAGACAUUGCUUCAUUGCAGCUACUUUUGAGCGUCGCGAUGACAACGUGACGGCGAAGUCCUGGUUUAAUGAUCAAGCAUAUCAUGCCGUCGCUGUCUCGUUAAGCGCUGUCGAUAAUGCGAUCCUGAAAGAUGUAUCCAAAAAUUCAAGCAAACAGAUCACGGUCACAAAUCAUCCAUUACCACGAACGUUGAAGCAAAAGUCAGACGACUUAGAUAAUAAUGCUGUCGGUCUGAACGUCGCAUUUAACCUUCUUUUUGGGAUGGCGUUUCUUGCAUCGAGUUUCGUCGUUUUCGUUGUUCAAGAGCGAACGAAUGGCGCUAAACACGUGCAAUUUGUCAGCGGUGUAGAUCCAUUCAGCUACUGGACGGCGUCUUGGGCUUGGGACUUGAUUAACUUUACAUUCCCGUGUAUUUGUAUCAUCAUUUUGUUUGCUUGUUUUGAUGUCCCCGCUUAUACAGGAGGAAAUCGUCUUGGUAUCGUGUUCUUGGUUCUGAUAUUAUACGGUUUUGCUAUCAUCCCGUUCAUGUACCUCUUCUCAUUCCUAUUCAAAAUGGCCUCGAAAGCCUACAUUCGUCUCACUCUACUAAACAUAGUCACUGGGCUGGUGGCGCUUCUCCUGGUCUACAUUAUCCAAGCCCUAGGAUACGCCGACACCGCCGAUGCGUUCAACUGGAUAUUCUUUCUGCUUCCCAACUUUUCGCUGGGUCAAACAUUCUCCAAUAUCUUCACUAACUAUAACCGUAUAAGGUUAUAUGACGAUUUUUUUUCGCUCUGUAUAAAGGUGAAGACUGAGGAACAAUGUAUAGCUGAAAUUAAACAAAACGGUCUGAGCAUUGAGUUCCAGAGGGAUUAUCUCGCCUGGGACACACCGGGAGUUGGACGUUUCGUGUUAAUUCUACCGCUGGAAGGAAUUCUGUUCAUGUUAAUGGUGCUUUUCAUCGACUACAAUAUUGCUCGUAGUCUUAAAAGUUUGGCGCGCGGCCAUCACGUCGAUCCGUUCGAUGCCAUUCAUCAGGAGGUGGCGACGGAUUCCGAUGUGCUAGCCGAGCAGAAACGGGUGCUUGACGGAGAGGCGCAAGAAGAUGUGUUGGUGAUCAACGAUUUGACGAAAGUCUUCAAAGUACCCGGACGUCAAAAGUUUGCAGCUGUCGACCAUCUUACUCUUGGGGUACCCCUGGGGGAAUGUUUUGGCCUGCUGGGUGUAAACGGCGCGGGUAAAACUACAACAUUCAAAAUGUUGACUGGAGAUGAGAUUCCGACGUCUGGAACAGCUUCGGUCGACUCUUUCGACAUUCAGGCGGAUCUAAAUAUGGUGCGUCAAAGGACUGGAUAUUGUCCGCAAUUCGAUGCUCUAAUCGACCUCAUGACAGGGCGCGAAAUGCUUCGAAUGUACGCCGCUUUACGAGGAGUUCCGACUCAGCUGAUCGAUCUACUUGUCGAAGAUCUAAUGAAGUCUGUGCUCUUGACAGAACACGCGGAUAAGCUGACAAAAACUUACAGCGGUGGAAACAAGCGCAAAUUGAGCGCAGCCAUUGCUUUGGUUGGGGAGCCUCUGGUUGUCUUUCUUGACGAACCUACGACUGGGAUGGAUCCCGUGGCUAGACGAUUGUUGUGGAACACACUAUGUCGUGUUAGAGCUGAAGGUCGUUGUCUAGUGAUAACAUCCCACUCGAUGGAGGAAUGCGAAGCGUUAUGCACACGUCUAGCCAUCAUGGUCAAUGGGAAAUUCCGUUGUCUUGGCAGCCCGCAACACCUGAAGAACAAGUUCGUGCAGGGCUUUACCCUGUUAGUGAACGUGCCGGACGAUACGCAACCGGACGACACGCAUUCGCUCAAGGAAUUUGUCGCCAACACUUUCCCAGGCAGUCUACUCCGUGAUGAACACAAUGGACUGUUGAAUUAUCAUCUGGCAGGCAGCAAUAGCUCCUGGUCCGUGUUAUUCGCGACGCUAGAAGAUGCCCAUAGCAGAGGAAUCAUUGGAAACUACGCCGUCACACAGACGUCGCUCGAACAAAUUUUCCUCAACUUUGCCCGUUCUCAAAGAGGCUAUGAUGAUUAGAUGGCGGGGAAAAAAUUGACUAUUUGUUUAAUAUAGAAGGUUUUUUUAAUACGUUAUUGGUCCAAUUGCAUGCAUUUUUUGCUGAACAGGACCUAGUUUCUACACGGUCGUUGUUAAGGGCCGAAAAUUAGAAAAUUCUUUUUAAUAAUUGCUGCGAUCGAAGCAAAAAUCUUGACGCAAGAAAGUGAAAAGACGUGAUGAAUAAAAUGAUUGAAUAAUGAAUGUAAACAGAACAGAUGAAAUAGAAAUUAAAACGAAU